AUGGGCAGCGGAGCGUCCGUCAGUGAAGAGCCGCGGCCGGAGAGGCCAGAUGACGGCGAAACGAAGCCUGAGGACGCCCGACUCUCCACACCGGCAGGACGGAGCGACGACACGCUGCAGGUGGAAGAAGUGCUCCGCUCAGGCAGCGCAGAUGUGAAGACAACCAAACCUGACGGUUGCACUGUGGACAUUCAGUCUGUACAGAGUGAGGAGGAGAACAACGCGUACAGCAGCGGAAAUCAAGAACACACUCUGCAACCAGUCCUGAACCCAGCCGUGACUGAAACUGUGCCAGAGGGUGAGGAAGUGUCUCUGGAUUUUGAGAGUUUCCUUCACAACAACGGUACACUCUACAGCUGCUUCAGCCACCACGGGAACAGAGUUUAUGUUGACGAGUCACAGAACCUACAGCUGUUUCCAAAAGAGUGGUACAAUCAGGGAUGCUUCAUCACCACCAACAAUGAGGGCUCUGGUCAGCUUCAAACUGUUGCCACCAGUCAGUCAACUGUCAGGGAGGAUGACCGAACUGGCAGCAUCUACAUCCAAGGCAAAGGAACAGUCAUGACCUACAUGUUUCAGGAGAGGGUGAAUAUCUGCAGGUUCUGGGACCCUCAGUCAGGCGUCUGGCUGCUGCUGCCACUGCAGUGGGAGAUGGAUGGCGAGUUUGCCAAAGUUCGAGUCCAACGAGUCAUGUCUGCCCUGCCAGGCCUGGUGGACCAGAAGGAGAUCACGGCAGCUCUCAGACAGUGUAACUACGACCCUGACGAGGUCAUCUCUGUGUACCUCACCAUAGCCCUCCUGGAAAGGGAUCGGGUCAUCGAAGAGCUGAGGCACAAGCUCCAGACCAAAGAGAAGGAGGUGGACAAUCUGUUCCAGAGGAACAGUUACCUGGCCAGGGAGGUCCGCUACCUGACUGACAUUGUCCAGCACUUAAACCAGAAGCUGGCUGAGCUCGAAGCUGAUCAGCAGGAGGCACGAGAGAAAAUUCGAUCCCUCCUGAACCGCCGAGCUCCAGCUGUCCCACCGGCCAAAACCAUCACAAAGCCUGCGGUGGACCCCAGUCAACUCCGCCAGGUGAGCCGGCUGACUCGCGAACUCAACAUCUCAAACAAGCAGCUUCGAUCAACUGUUCACCAAGCUCUGGCUGACGUGAAGAAUCAGCUGGAGCAGUUUAAGGACACAAUUGGGAAAUUGGCCCAAGUAGAGCAGGAAGCAACAAAGGAGGUGGAGGAGCUACGAUCCCUUUACAGGAAGGAAGCGGUGGAGAGGAAGAGCCUAUACAACAAGGUAUUGGAGCUGCAGGGAAACAUACGAGUGUUCUGCCGCUGCAGGAAGAGCUUGGCCAACAGCUGUCUGGAGAAAACCAAUGACCAGGAGGUGGUGGUCAUCCAGAAGGGAAACAGAAAGAAGUUCCAGUUUGACAAAGUCUACCCCCCUAGCAGUACACAGGAGGAUGUGUUUACUGGGACUCUACCAGUGAUAACGUCCUGUGUGGAUGGAUAUAAUGUCUGUAUCCUGGCCUAUGGACAAACCGGCUCAGGCAAGACAUACACCAUGAUGGGCAGCAAGGAAAACCCUGGAGUUAACAUCAGGUCGAUACGGGAGCUGCUACGCAUUUGUGCAGAAAAAGAGAAGGUGUCCUACACUCUGAAGAUUUCCAUGCUGGAGAUUUAUAACGACACUUUAAAUGACCUGUUGGCCAAAAGUCCAAGUGCUUCGCUGGAUAUCAGAGUCCAGGGGAAAUCAGUGUCUGUACCAGGACUAACUCAGGUCCAAGUCCAGACUGAGGCUGACAUUCUCAAUGUCAUGGAGAUGGGGGAAAAGAACAGAAAGAUCGCCUCCACCAAAAUGAAUAUACAGAGCUCUCGCUCUCACCUGGUGGUGGCCCUGGAGGUGGAGGGCUCAGACGAGGUGUCUGGACUGACGUCUCGCGGUACAUUGACAUUGUGUGACCUCGCUGGAUCUGAGCGGAUCUCCAAGACAGAAGCUGAAGGUCAGAGGCUGGUGGAGGCAGCGGCCAUAAAUAAAUCGCUGACAGCACUGGGCCAGGUGUUCGGAGCUCUGAAAUGUAAUGCCCUCCACAUCCCAUUCAGGAACUCCAAACUCACCCACCUCCUGCAGCCCUGCCUCAGCGGAGAUGCCAAGUGUUGUGUGUUUGUGAAUGUGAGUCCUGACAUCAACGACGUGGUGGAAACUCUAAGCACGCUGCAGUUUGGUUCCACCAUUCGGCAGGUUUCACUUGGCAAAGCAACACAGAACAUCGUACCUGCUAAAAACAAUAAGACUGUCAAGUAGAAUGGAAGCUCGAUCAGGGU